CCUCUUUUCUCAUAAAUCUACUGAUGCGAUUCAUUCGCAUUACGUUCUACUCGUUCCCCAUUUCUUAGCCCCACCCCACGAGCAAGUUCAAGAGAUAGUGAGAGAGUGAAAUGGCCUCGCCUCUCAAUGUGAUCUCGCCACUUCUUUUGAUUCUAGCCAUACUUUCAACAGGACCCGGGUUUUCGGACUCGGCGAGAAUCUUCACCAUUAUCAACAAGUGCAAAGAGUCGGUAUGGCCUGCAAUCACCCCGGGUGAGAACUUUGGCGGCGGCGGGUUCAUCCUGAAAUCCGGCCAGUCCAUCGUCUUCACGGCCCCCGUCGGGUGGUCCGGGCGGAUAUGGGGCAGGACGGGCUGCACAUUCGACAAGAACGGCAACGGCACAUGCCAGACCGGGUCCUGUGGCAGCGAACUCAAGUGCAAGGCUUCCGGGGAUCCCCCGGCCACGCUGGCCGAGUUCACCCUCACAGCUACCGAUUUCUAUGACGUCAGCCUCGUCGACGGGUUCAACCUGCCCCUGGCCGUGACCCCGAUCAACGGCCAAGGGAACUGCAGUGUCGCCGGGUGCGACCGGGACCUCCGGCCCACCUGCCCGUCAGAGCUGUCGGUCAAGGUGAAAGGCAAGACGGUCGGUUGCCGGAGCGCCUGCGACGUGUUCGACACGGACGAGUAUUGCUGCAAAGGGGUGUACGGCAAUCCCGUGAUCUGCCAGCCUACAUAUUACUCCAAACUGUUCAAGCAAGCAUGCCCGACCGCUUAUAGCUACGCUUACGACGAUCCCACGAGCAUCUUCACCUGCGUGGGGACUGAUUACGUGAUCACCUUUUGCUCACCCAGGAAUCAAACGGUGUGCACAUACCAUAACAACAAGCUCGUGUGCAGCGGAUCCAGCAACAACUUCAAAUCACAGACCACAAUAUUGGGAAUCCUGUUGCUCGUGUUGGCAUCGCUACUUAGCUUGUUGAACAUGUCUUAAAUUUCACAAAAAAACAAAAAAGGAAAAGAAGAGAAAUUCUUUUCUUUAUAAAUGGUAUUCUUUUCUGAUCCUUUUCUUCCUCGUAUGGAGUUCGAUGGUCGGUAUCAAAAGGCGGUCAAAUUUUUUCAACCAAUAUUGUAUUUGCCGGAUUUGUCUGUAAAUAUGAAUUUGGUUUAUGAUUAAACAUUUUUUCCUC